UUUUCUGUGGAAAGUGAUGACCUAUUGUCACAAUCAAACGUCACAACUGGUCAUAAUCAACAAACCAAGUAAAAAAAAAGUCAUCCAAUUCAUAUUACAAUACAGAAAAGACCAUAAAUUAAGCAAAGAAUUCAGGCAGCCAAUAUUUUUUUUUCUGACAAUGGCUGUAUUCUAUUGCCUUCUUUUCUUUGUGCACUACUUUUGCAGUAAACUUUCCGGUGCCAUAGACAAUAACACCAUCACAAAAACAAAAUCCCUUCAAAAUCAUCAAUCUAUAAUCUCAAAAAAUGGUACUUUUAAGCUGGGUUUUUUCACCCCACAAGGAUCCAACAAUCAGUAUGUUGGAAUAUGGUUUAACCAGAUUCCUGUGCAGACUGUUGUUUGGGUUGCUAAUAGAGAUAAACCCAUCAAUAAUUCGUCGUGCCAAUUGCGAAUUUCUGAUGAUGGUAAUCUUGAGUUGAUUAAUGAUCAGAAAGUGAUCAUUUGGUCUACAAAUGUAGCAAAUUCAACCAACUUGAAUUCGACUGCACAGGUUCUUGAUUCAGGGAAUUUGGUUUUACAACAGGUUAACACUAAUGGAACAGUAACAUUAUGGCAAAGUUUCGAUCAUCCUACUAAUACAUUCUUACCUGGUAUGAAACCAACGGUUGCUAAUACUCCUAAUAAGAAUUACACCAUUUUUCGAUCCUGGAAAAGCCCGUCUGAUCCUUCUGAUGGGAGUUUUGCUGACGGUAUUGGUACUACAGGUGGAGUACCUCAGAUUUAUACAUGGAACAAUGGAGUGAAUUUCUGGCGGAGUGGGCCAUGGGAUGGAAAUAAUUUCAUUGGACUUCCAAAUGUGGAUAAUACUCUAAAAGAUGGAUUUGUCCUAGAGGUAAAUCAAGACCUUGGAACAAUUGAUAUGUCAUUUGAUCCACAAGAUUCUGGUCUUUUAUUUAAUUAUGUUGUAACCCCAAACGGUACAAUUAUAGAACAAUAUUGGGAUGAUACUAGUAAGAAUUGGGUACCAGGGUGGGUAGCCCCAUCAAGUACUUGUGAGGUUUAUGGGAAAUGCGGGGUUUACGGUUCGUGUCAUCAUGACUCGGGCUCAUGCAGAUGCUUACAAGGUUUUGAACCCAAAAACGACAAGGAAUGGAGAAGGGGAGACACUAGCAGUGGGUGUGUUAGACGAGCAGAACUCGAGUGUGGCAAAGGAAGCAAUGAUAAUGGAUUUUUGACGCUGAAUAACAUGAAAGUGCCUGAUAAUCUGCACCAGAUAUCAGCAUUUAGUCAAGAUGGUUGUAAAACUCAGUGUGUGACAAACUGUUCGUGUUUAGCUUAUGCGUACCAUUUGAAUAUCGGAUGUAUGAUUUGGACUGAAGGGUUGAUCGACACACAGGAAUUUUCAGCUGGUGGCAUUGAUCUUUUCCUCCGACUGGCAGCGUCAGAGCUAGAGGAAAGUAAAAAUCAUGCAAGGGUUGCAAUCAUUACAUCACUCACAAUCGCAGGCGCCAUAGUAGUUGUUAUAUUCGCGUUCUUUCUGAGGAGGCGGAUGAAGCGGAGACUGAGAGGAAAAAGAGAGGAAAUACCAAAUGCUUACAACUUUGAAGUUGGAGAACUUGAACUACAAGAUCCUCCACUAUAUACAUAUAGUAUACUGAGAUAUGCAACAAAUAAUUUUGAUGAAAGUAACAAACUUGGAGAAGGUGGCUUUGGUCCCGUUUACAAGGGGAUUUUGGAAGACGGACAGGAGAUAGCAGUGAAAAGACUUUCAGCAUCCUCUGGACAAGGCCUAGAAGAGUUUAUGACAGAAGUUAAGGUGAUUUCUAAGCUCCAGCACAGAAAUCUAGUCAGGCUUCUAGGCUGCUGCAUAGAAGGAGAGGAAAAAAUGUUAGUCUAUGAAUACAUGCCUAAUAAAAGCUUGGAUGUUUUUCUUUUCAAUCCCCAGCACCAAGUACAACUAUUAUGGGAGAAGCGUUUCAAUAUUAUUGAGGGCAUAUGUCGUGGCCUCCUCUACCUUCACAGAGAUUCUAGAUUAAGAAUCAUUCAUAGAGAUCUAAAACCGAGUAAUAUUCUGUUGGAUGGAGAACUCAAUCCCAAAAUUUCUGACUUUGGCAUGGCACGGAUAUUUGGAGGAAAUGAAGAUCAUGCCAACACCAGAAGAGUGGUCGGAACCUACGGUUACAUGUCUCCUGAAUAUACUAUGGGGCACUUCUCUGAAAAAACCGAUGUAUACAGCUUUGGAGUAAUACUACUAGAAAUCAUCAGUGGGAAGAGAAACUCAACGUUCCAUCGCUUUCAGAGUUCGCUAACAUUAAUGGGAUAUGCAUGGAAAUUAUGGAACGAGGGGAAUAUGGUAGAAUUCAUUGAUCCACUGAUUGCUGAUCAAAUCGUUCAGAAAAGCGUUCUAAGGUGCAUACAGAUAGCAUUAUUGUGCGUCCAGGAACUCGCUAAAGAUAGGCCGAGCAUUUCCAAUGUUAUAUCCAUGCUUGAUUCUGAUACGGAACUACUACCACAACCCAAAAAACCGCCAUUCUCAGAAUGGGAGGCUUCGUCUGAGAAUCCACAGAGUAGUUCAAUUUACAGUAGUUCCACUAACACUUUCUCUACUACACUCAUACAGGGUCGAUAAAAUGAGCUCUCGAAAAACGACAUAUAGCAGUCAGAGGUAAAGGUGAUUCCAGCAUAGUACAGAAGUGUGAUCCUCUAGAUUAAAUAGAUCAGCUUUUUUUGAAAAAUUAAGCAGUAUAAUAGAAAGAUAUACAUGUGAAUUUUUUAAUUUUUUUUACCAUAUUAAUUCAUAUUAUUACUUAUGAGUUGUUUAGCUAUAGACUAAUAAACAUCGAAUACCAAUUGUUUCAUCGGGAAA